UCUCUGAAUGAACCCCCGGCAUGGCUCUCCUCCUCCACCUGAAGGUCCGUCCUCAUGGGCAAACAAUUCCUUCCGAAGGGCUACAGGAUGGUACAGGUUUGAAGUUGCAGACACUGCCCCCUGUAGUCACCGGGGAGCGGUGCAGCCCGAGAGAGGGAGAUGUGAAACUGGGAAAGAGAGAGGGCGAGAGACACUGAGCCCCUGUGUGUUUUGUCUUUGCAGAGUGCAGCGGCGGCGCCCAGCCCGGUGAUGGGAAACAUGCCCCCCAACGACGGCAUGCCAGGGGGUCCCAUGCCACCAGGCUUCUUUCAGGGACCUCCAGGCUCACAGCAGUCCCCCCAUGCACAGCCCCCUCCCCACAACCCCAGCAACCCCAUGAUGGGACCCCAUGGCCAGCCCUUCAUGUCUCCUCGGUACCCCGGCGGCCCGAGGCCGGCGCUCCGAAUGCCAAACCAGCCUCCCGGGGGGAUCCCUGGUUCCCAGCCCCUCCUGCCAAACAGUCUGGACCCCACAAGACCACAAGGACAUCCUAAUAUGGGCGGGCCAAUGAGAAUGAAUCCCCCAAGAGGAAUGGCCAUGGGACCACAGAACUACGGGGGCAUGCGGCCUCCUCCUAACUCCAUGGGCGGUCCCAUGCCAGGAAUGAACAUGGGCCCUGGAGGAAGAGGGCCGUGGCCGGGGCCUAACGCUAACUCUAUAGCCUAUUCUUCCUCAUCUCCCGGAAACUAUGUGGGGCCGCCAGGUGGGGGAGGGCCCCCAGGAACUCCCAUCAUGCCCAGCCCAGGUGACUCGACCAACUCCAGCGAAAAUAUCUACACUAUGAUGAACCCCAUCGGACCGGGAGGCAACAGACCCAACUUCCCCAUGGGGCCGGGGCCUGACGGGCCCAUGGGGGCCAUGGGCGCCAUGGAGCCGCACCACAUGAACGGAUCUCUAGGUUCUGGGGACAUGGACGGGCUGCCAAAGAACUCUCCUAACAACAUGGGCGGCAUGAACAACCCGCCGGGAACGCCGCGGGACGACGGCGAGAUGGGGGGGAACUUCUUGAACCCGUUCCAGAGUGAAAGUCCUUCUGGGAAAGCCCCAGUGCAUGCUGGGACUCUGAUGAAGACGCGGCCCCCCGCGGCGUGCAAGAUGUCCGCCGGCGGGAACAGGAAGUCCUCUCAGCUCCACAGGAAGAACCUGCUCUCUGACUCCUCCCCCCGCCUCCCUGACUUCCUGUCGGGGUCUGGACAAUGAGCGGGGGAAGGGCGAUCGAUGCAGAGAGAGAGAGGGAGGGAGGGAGGGAGAGAGAGAGAGAGAGAGAGAGAGAGAGGGAGAGUGGGGGGGGGAGGGAGGAGACUGAACCCUACAGACCCCCAAAACAGAGGGGGGGAGGUGUGUGUGGGGGUGGGGGGGCUCUCGGCUAUGAUGUGACCCCAAGACUUUUAAAACCCUUUUUUUGCUGUCGCCCCUACGGAUUGAAUCGUGGGACAUCUGCGUAUGAGGUGCUCCACCGCCACCGCCUCCACCUCCUCCACCGCCUCCUCCUUCUCCACCACCUCCUCCUCCCUUGUCCCCACAUGGUUUUGUGUGUGUGUGUGUGUGUGUGUGUGUGUGUGUAUGUGUAAAUGUUUUUUAAACACGUACGUUGUUGUGAUCAACAAACUUUCUUUUAUAUAUAAUUUCUUUUUCCUCACUGUAUGUAUUGUAUCAUGGCAAUUUUUGUUAUUGCAUUACUAUAAUUAUUAUUAAUUAUUAUAUUAUUAUUAAUAUUAUUGAUAUUGGUAUGAUCAUAAUCAUUUUAAGGCUAAGUUGCAGGUUUAGCUGUUUUCCGUUGGUUAGGGCACAUUAUCGUAAUGAAGACAGGGUACACGCACGCACGAAUGCACAUACAGGAAUAAUUUGUGUGGGUUUAGUUUAAAAUUACUUCAGAUAAUAACCUGUGGUCACAUCGUCCACAACAGUCGAGGUUCCUGCUCUGGAGCGAUGCUGCCCCCUUGUGGAGGCGGUCUGACAAAGCAAGUUUAAUCUAUUACGGUACCAUCACUAAACCUUUCUUUCACCAUAGAUGGCUGUUUCACGGUCAACAUGGAGUUGCGUUUCUCGUUUUUAACUGCCUCUAGUCUCAUUUGAGGUGGGAGAGGAAGCCUCUCCAUUUUCAUUUAUUUUAACCGUAUCCGCGUUUAGUUAAAACCCAGAGCUCUAUUUAUUUAUAUACCCUAAACUGUCAUGGGUCCGUGACACUCAUCUUCUCCGUUUCUAACCUCUCCAGAAACCUGUAGCAAACGUUGUAAAUAUGUCGGGACGUCUUUCUCGCCACCUCCUCUUCAGUGCAUCAUGUCUUUACGGAACUCUCUGUCCUGUCCUUCCGAAGCCCCGCCCCUUUACCCCGCUCUGACCACACCCACACCACUGCCAUCGCUGAUGCUGCCCGCACACUCAGGUUCACGUCCACACAUACACACUUCUGGUAUUUGCAAUGUUAUUUUAUUUUUUUAGUCUCAACACUGAGCUCUCGUGUGCGUCUGUGGGCUGUUACUCAUCGCGUCCGCACUGUGAUCCUCUCCCCGUGUUCAAGUGGGGUUUAAUUUACGCUCCCAACCAUACAAGUCUGUUUCUUUUCCUUUUUUCCCCCCUUCUCGUGUGUUCAUUUGUUUUUCUGUGAGCCCUACCCAAGGAUUCAAUGGUUCCCUUGUAUCGUAGCAAAUUGAAGCCGUCACGAUCCGUUGCCGUGGUGACUGUCGUGAGUGGCCCUCCCUCCCCCGCCUCCUUCUCUUUGGGUACCAUGUUAGGACACACACACACACACACACACACACACACACACACACACACACACACACACACACACACACACACUCGAAGUCGCAUGCCACCCACUCUUUCUUCUUUUUUAUACAACCUCUCCAUGAGUUUAUUUUGUUGUAAAUAGUGUAAAAUGCAUUUUGAUAUCAUUGACAUGUUUUGAUAUUUCCAAAAAGAAAAAAAACACGACUAAUAACAAUUGAUGGGCGAGUAAGGGGGGGGGGAAGCAAACUAAUAUUCUCGCAACAGUUGUGUUGGUUUGAAAGAGAGUAGCUUGUCUCCGCUCAGCUACACAGAUCGAUCACAGCUGGGGCUGCGGCCCUCCUCUGUCUCACCUCCACGUCCACACCGGGAUCACCCUCCUGGUCGACACGUUGUUCAGUCACAGGCCUCCGCUGUCACACAUGCUUUUGGGUUUGGGGGGGGGGGGGACCCUCUGUUUGGUGGUUGUUGUUGUUUUUCAGUUUUUUGAUAGAGCGCAAAAAACGGCCAAACUCGUGUUGACAAAGACUGUGGAGAGCAGAUGGCCUUCAUGUGCAGAACGAGAUGGUCUCCUCCUCCUCCUUCUCUGUAGCUGGGACCCCUCUCUAACCCCCCUGGGUAAGACUCGGCUGAACCAUCACUAAAGAUACCAACGCUGUGGGCGGCGAGACUCAUUUGUACGACAUACAGUCAAAGGUAACAGCGAGGGGGCAGAUUUUACUAUGAAGGAUUGUUUUUAAAUCUAUUUAAACAAGCGUGUGUGUGGGUGGGUGGGGGGGGGGGGGGGGGGGGGGGGGGGGCUGGGGACGACAUGUGUUCAGAAAGACGAUGAAACAGGAGUUUCCUCACUACCUGUACUUUAAAAGCUGUUGUAUAAAGUACUCCUCUCCGUCUCUCUCUCUCGCUCCCUCAUCUUUCUGUCCUGUAAGUAACUCUUGUCACAUUGUUGAUCAUUUCUGUAUUUCUAUUGUGCUGAUGUAUAAAACUGUAAAACAUUCAGGGUGUGGGAGGGCUGGGGGCGGGGCUUCAGGAGGAAGUGGAGAGGUACGAGGUUCAAUAGGGAAAAGGAAAAAAAAAAGUUUGUUUUGGAUCUUGUUUCUUUGGGUUUGUCCCCCUCUACAAAGCAGUAUUGAUUGGGCGUUGGGUCCUGGUUAGGAGGGUGUUGGGCUUUGUAUCAUGUUAGGCUAGUUUCCCAUCAUAAAUGUCUUGUGUAGUAAAAACAGGUUGCUUCUUCGUACGUUUCUUUCUAUUGUAAAGUUUCUUUAGACGAAAAAAGUUCCUUAUUGAAAAAAAAAACACGGUGGGAAAAAUUGCAUCAUAAAUGUAUUUUAUUUUUUAUUUUCAACAAUUUGUCAGUUGUUUUUGCCUGUGCCCCCCUUGUUGUAGAUACAUAUUAAAAACAAAUAAAAAUGACGUCACUCCUUUUUC